AUGGCACCAAUUGCUCAGAUAGAAUACUUUCGCGUGCCGCCGCGAUGGUUGUUUGUCAAGAUCACGGACGCCGAUGGCAAUUAUGGCUGGGGCGAGGCAUCGCUAGAAGGUCACACAGAAGCCGUGGAGGGCUGUCUCGCGGCGUUUGCUGAGAGGUUCACCGGUGCGGAUGCAGAUGAUAUCGAAAACGUAUGGCAAAAUGGAUACAGGAUGGGAUUUUACCGGGGUGGACCUAUCCUUAUGAGCGCUCUAUCAGGUGUGGAUAUAGCACUUUGGGAUCUCAAAGCGAGACGACUCGGCCUUCCCGUAUAUCAGCUUCUUGGGGGGAAACUGAGGAAUAAGCUAAAGGUGUAUGCUUGGAUCGGCGGAGACCGUCCAGGCGAUGUUGAAGCUCAAGCUCGAGCCAGAAUCUCACAGGGAUUCAAAGCCAUCAAAAUGAACGCGACUGAGGACCUGGGCUGGCUCGAUUCACCUCAUGCCUUGGACACAUCUGUUGAGCGAUUGAAGACGGUUAAAGCCCUAGGAAUCGAUGCCGGGGUGGAUUUUCAUGGCAGAGUACACAAGGCAAUGGCACAACAACUAGCUCACAAGCUCGCGCCUCACGAGCCCUUAUUCAUUGAGGAGCCUCUCCUCUCCGAGCACCCAGAAUCUGUCGCUGCUUUGUCUAAGCUUGUCCCUAUUCCGAUUGCGCUUGGAGAGCGACUACACAGCCGGUGGGACAUUAAGCCGUUCCUCGAAUCUUCAUCCAUAAGCAUCCUGCAGCCAGAUAUUUGCCAUGUCGGUGGGAUCUCUGAAAUCCGUAGAAUUGCUACUAUGGCAGAGGCUUAUGAUGUUGCUUUGGCUCCUCAUUGCCCAUUGGGCCCCAUUGCCCUUGCGGCGAGCCUGCAGGUCGAUGCUGUUAGUGCAAAUUUUGCAAUCCAGGAGAUGAGCCUGGGAAUUCAUUAUAAUGCGGGCUCGGCAGACAUUGACACAUAUAUCAAGAAUCCGGAAGUAUGGAAUGUGGAGGAUGGUUUGAUCGAUCUUCUGACUGGGCCGGGGCUGGGUAUUGAGAUUGACGAACAGAAAGUCCGGGCAGCGUCCGUAAAUGCAGCUGCAUGGCGAAGCCCGCACUUCCUAGGACCAGGAGGAGAAAGUCAUCCUAGCAAACGGCGACGUAAGGAGCGGGUUCGCGUCACUCGCGCCUGUGACAAUUGUAAGAAGAAGAAAUUACGCUGUUCAGGUACCCUCCCCUGCGCACUAUGCCAGCGCUCUCGGUUCGAGUGCGAGUACACUGCUGGCUACCAUAGAGGAAAAGUGCCACCGGUUCCCACAGCCAGUCACCAAACUGGAGAUGUGAGCAGUGCCAAUCAAUAUGGCGAGCAGUCUACGAAUCCUAGCACGAACAGCCUCUCUCCAUUGACACCGCGGCAUGCUUCACACGAUGGACUCCUGCAAUCAGAUAAACGUACUACCCUUCCAUCAUCUGGCAAUUCACCAGAGCCUCACCAAACUGAUCUGGAGGGGCAUUAUGUUGGGCCGGCAUCAGGUGUCUCAUUUUUGAUCCGGGUUCAGAAACGACUUCAUGAGCAUAUCUCGUUUCCUCGUACCACACCAAUUUUUAAUUUGGGUGACGCCCCGCUUCCUAAAUACGACCCAUCCUUUCUCAUCAUCCCUAAUAAAAAAGAAGCAACGGCGCUGCUCGAUAGGUACUUUGAAUUCACAUUCCCCACCCAUCGUUUCUUGCACCAGCCACAAGUUGAAAACUGGCUUGAAGACUUCUACCAUGACCUUGGGGCGUCACAACCCCCAAGGCCAGGAGCUAUGGCGACAAGAGCAUUGCUCCUAAUGAUUUUUGCCCAUGCCAAGCUAUGUUUCCCCAAUAGUGAGAGCUCCUUGGGUGCUUGCGUAAAUAGCGCAGUCUAUUUCGCUGCCUCGGAACACUAUCUCGCAGAAGAGACGGGCCCUGUUCGCCUUUCAAGCGUCCAGGCACGGCUGGCCCAGUGCUUUUAUCUUCUGGGCCAAUCUCGGAUCAAUCAUUGCUGGAGUCUUUUCGGGACCAUGGCACGACUUGCUAUUGCAAUCGGCUUGCAUCGUGGACGGCGUCGAGAGCUCACAGGGAGUGUUGAUUUCGUCGAACAGGAAUGCCGCAAGCGAGUCUUCUGGUGCAUAUAUAUCUUGGAUAACUACCUCGGUGCCGCACUGGGUCGUCCAAGAAUCUUCCACGAUGACGAAAUCGACCAGGAACUUCCUGCUAUUGCAAACGACUCUCAGAUCACAGCAAGCGGCAUUUCCCCGGCUGUGUCGAGCACUCAAAGCAUCAUGCUGGCACCCGUAUAUCACGCCAAGCUGUCAACAAUUAUCAGUGGUAUACUUCGUGAUCUUUACGGCAUACGACGAGUAACUCUCCAGUCCCAGUCUGCAGCAACCACAAAAUAUGGUGCCGAGCUUGCACAGUGGCGAAAAGAAAUAUCGGCUUUUGUUGACCUCCCAAGUGUUGAUAUGAUGAUGGUUACUUAUCAGCGACAGUAUACGGUCUUGAAUCUUGCUUUCUAUCAUGCUCAGAUACUACUCUACCGUUCAUUCAUUCUCAGGGACUUCAAGAAUUUAGCCCUUCCGGUGGCCGACGAAAACAACCACCUAUCCAAGUCUGUUAACCAAAAUAUUCAGACUUGUCUAGAGGCUGCUAUGAAGAUCACUAGCAUCUUACGUGACCUAUGCGAGAAUGGCAGAAUGUACCAUACUUUUUGGUUCACUCAUUACUAUGCGUUCUCAGCUAUUGUUGUAUUAUAUGUCGAAGCAAACUCGACAUUUUUUCAGGCGGGCGAGCAGGCCCAACGGCAUCUAGCAACAUCCGGGUCGCAAUCGUCCUUUGCCCGGCGCUACGCCAUGGUGCUUGAAGAACUGCGUAGAGAGGCGCAAAAGUGUAUACAACACAAACAUCAGUCGGCAAUUAGCCUUCCGUCCAUGGAUCCACAAGUGGCCAAUAACAUCAACAUCGUAUCGAACGAGUCCCGGCAGAUAGACAUCCCCGGAGCACAUUUUAACUACGCCCCGGCGAGCUUUCCCCAGUCCACGUUUGAAGGCAUUCGGCGCGGUACAGGCGAGGUUAGCCCAUCUUUAACCUUAUCAAAUAUGCAACCGGAGGCCUGGAUGGAGAAUCUGAUGCAAGAUGGCAGCCCUGGUACUUAUAUGCCUAGUCUAACUAGCUGGGGGGAGUUCGACUCACUAGCUCUGACAGGCCUGGGAGAAUUAGGUUACCUUUUUGCCUCUAACAAUUGA